AUGGCUAGUGAGGAGAGUUUUGUGGUUUUGGUGCACCACAAAGGAUCUGUUAAUAGAAAAACUCGUUCCGGAGUAAAGUUCACAGAUAAGAAUCCUCUAUGUAUUGUCAUAACAUCUACGACGAGUUAUGAUGACCUUGUUAGCGCUGUACUAAUGAAGCUCGGGCUGGAGGGUGCGAAGCGGGUAAAGAAGUUUUUCUAUCGCAUUCCAGUCACGGUGCUACAGAAUACGGUGAAGUAUGAUUGCUUCACGAUUAAUAAUGAUGUGGACUUGCAAGUAAUGUUUCUUUGUCGGCGGCAGUUUCCGGAGGUGAGGACACCGGAGUUGUUGGCACGGCUGGUUGAUGUUGUAUCCAGCUCCGGCGGUUCGAACAGGAAUACGAACACUAUAGCGAAUCCAGCAGGUUCUAGUUCCCGGCCUGCCGUUGCUUCCUCGUCCGUCCCUGUGUACGAACCAGUGGUCCAACAUGUCGCCUCCCCAUCUUUCGCUGUUGACCUCAAUGGCACCGAUGGCGACGAGGUAGUGGAAAGGGAAAAUUUGCCGAACGCUUUAUUGGGAGUUGCACCUGUUGGCGUAGGAGACGGUUUUUUGGACGAUGAAGAGGAGGAUGACGUCGAGCCGGAUAUGAUUGACGAUGAUAGCGCUGAUGAUAUUGGAGCGACCGGGCCUGCAUUGGAGGUAGGUGGUUCUAGCUCUGGCACACAGCAGUAUCCACCACAUUUUUUCUCGUUGGACUUGGACGCCAUGAGACAUGAGGGGGUUUUAGGGCAUGCUGUUGGAUUCGGAGCUAGAGAUGCGGAAGGGACUACUGGUCUGACAGAGUUCCAGGUUGGUCAGCAAUUCCAGGAUAAAGAUGAGGCCCUUUUAAGUGUGAAGACUUACAGCAUCCGGCGAGGGGUACAGUACAAGGUGGUGGAGUCCGAUCACCGCCGGUAUGUGGGCAAGUGUUCCGAGUUUGGGAAUGGGUGCACAUGGUUGAUUCGACUGAGUCUCCGGAAGCGCAAGGGCAUUUGGGAGGUCAAACGGUACAAUGGACCUCACACUUGCCUGGCCACAUCCAUCUCGAGUGACCACAGGAGUUUGGAUUAUCAUGUGAUUUCGGCGUUCAUCAUGCCAAUGGUUAGGGCCGAUGCAUCCGUGAGCAUCAAGGUACUCCUGAACGCCACGGCAGCGCACUUCGGUUUUAGGCCGACUUACCGGAGGGUUUGGAUGGCGAAGCAGAAAUCUAUUGCCAUCAUUUACGGUGACUGGGAUGAGUCCUACAACGACCUGCCUAGGUGGGUGUUGGGUGUGCAGCUGACGAUGCCUGGUAGUGUUGUCGUCCUUAAGACGACCCCGGUUCGAGUUGGAGGACAAGUGGACGAGUCUCAAGCGUACUUUCACAGGCUUUUCUGGACUUUCCCGCCGUGCAUCGAGGCAUUCCGUCAUUGCAAGCCGCUAGUGAGCAUUGACGGCACACAUCUGUAUGGGAAGUAUGGGGGGACGUUGCUCAUCGCGAUUGCACAGGACGGGAACUCGAACAUUCUACCUGUCGCAUUGCACGUGACCCCGCAGCCCGGUCUGCUGGUUAUAUCGGACAGGCACAACGGCAUCAAGGCUGCGCUUGAGGCCCCUGACGGCGGUUGGCUACGCCAUCUGCGUACCGUGCAUUCUGCAUACGACACGGCUAAUUUUUCCAAGGGCAAAGAGACGCUAGGAGGCUACUAG